AUGCAUAAGGUUCUGGUUCCUAUAUCCAGCGUUUCUUCGGCCUGUAAAACCCGAGGGGAUACGUCUGCCUCUGGUACUGUCUUCGAAAUGACUUUUUGUGACAAAAACAGUGACCUUAUGUUAUCCGGAGAAGGUUUCGG